GAUUGCAAGAAGACUGAAUGUUGAAGCGGUUCUGUUUGAGUGGUGUAGGAGAGGAUACCUUUCAAAGCUGGAGACCAUUGAUGUUGAGAUGGAUAAGUUGAUGAAGAGAUUGAGGUGGAAUGGACGUGCCCACAAGGAAUCGGAAUGGAAGCGAAGACGGGUCUUUGCCCUUCAUUACUUGCAGACAGAAUUAAGUCUACUGCUGGAAUUGAAAAAGUCUAGGGAGCGUGCUUACGAGACGGUAGCUGAAGAGGGCGCUGUGAGCCAUCAGAGAGAUCCUGACAGGGAUGGGGAGGCUGAGGGUUCAACGCCUAGGAGGGGCGGGGAUAGGGGUAGACUCAACGUCACAGUCGUUCUUAAUAAAGCUCCAGGAAUAAGCCUUGGUCUUGGAGUUGUUAGUCUACCUAGUCCCGACUGUCACGAUGAAAGGAGGAUAUACAUCCAGCAUCUUGCCACAAACUCCCCUGCUGACAUGAAUGGCAGAUUAUGCAUUGGAGCCCAGAUCCUUGCUGUUAAUGGCCAAAGCCUGAAGAACAUCAGUCUCCAGGAGGCACAGAAGAUUCUUGGUAACCUACAACCCGGCCCUGUCACACUCAAGAUAGCUCGCUACUCUAAUGCUCUGGACUGUGAAGCAGAGAUGAAAUAUCUUAGAUCUAAGCAGCUAUCAAACUGUUCUGAUGUUGAGCCCUGUUACGAGAAAGUAGCUGAUUGCCAUGACACUGAGGAAGAUGAAGAAGAGAAAGAAGGCAUUGGUUCUCCAUCAGCCAUGUCCUGUGGAUCUACAGCCUCUAGCAAAGAUUUCUCUUUACCAGAAUAUCAGAGAAUCAACAGUGACAAGAGAAAACAAAACCAGAGAUCGGAAUUUGUUGUGGACUUGUCUGUUCCCAUCACGGAGGCUGAAGUAGAGAGGAUAGUUACACCUACCAGCAGUCAAGAUGUCUAUUCAACUCCAGUCAACAAGCAUUCAUCUCCUCAGGGAGGUAACGCAAAAUUGGGGAAUAGUAAUAUUGAGAAUGGACAAAGAGGGAGUGGGCACAGCGAGGAAGAUGAAGAGAUGAACAAUGGCAAGAACCCUGUCAUGAGGACUGGAAAAACAGAACAUAAGAGACUUGGUAGGGUUGGAUCAGAGCUGGCCGCAGAGUUUGAAGCCUUCGUGAGUGCCCAGACGUUGGACAAUGAUUCCCUUCCGUGGGUGCAGAGCCAGAAAGUGGCUAGUGAACUGUUGAGCCUCCAAGAGCACUUUAGCCAGGAAGAACUGGCGGAGCUCAAGAACCUUGCGGAUGGGAGACGACUGGAGGUGCUGACGAUCACCAGGCAGUUUGGUGAGAAGCUUGGCAUGGGCUUGAACAUCCAACACACUCAGGAAGAGAACAGCUUGACCCAGACUGUGCAGAUUAAGAGCGUCCUGGCCGGUGGGGUAGCAGAGAGAGCGACCGGUGGAUCCAGGGGUAUGGUUGUGGGAGAUGAAAUCCUGGCUGUUACCAACCAGAUCCUCAAGAAUAGACCAUACCUUGAUACUGUGCAGAUCCUCUCCAACCUGCCCUUGAAAGUGAGGGUAAUUGUAGCAAGGCCAGAGGAAGAUUCAGAGGAUGAUGAAUCAAUGGUUCAGGAUUCUCCUGAAUCGGAAUCCAAUUCCAGUGGGAGAUCAAGCUGUAGCGAUACAAGAUGGGGUGAAGAGGACAUCUGGAAGAGGAUUGAGAGCACACGGGUUGAGGAUGUCCUUGGGUUUGUCAACCCAAAAAGUAAUCAUAACCAACUGAAUGAAAAGAACAACCACACAUGGGACAAUAAAAGUGAGGAUAUCUGGCAAAAAGUAGAAGGGAGACACAACGGCAGUGCUACUACGAAAAAAGAAAACAUUAGAGUAAACUAUGUGAGUGAUGUUAAAAGUCUUCCAGCAGGAACACACCUGACUCCUUCGUACAAGAAGCACAAGCAGCACUUGAGGUUUCACAGCAGAAGUCCAAGCCCACGGACUCCUGCCAUGGGAGAGGAUACCCUUUCCAGAGACAGUUCUCCCACUGUUUCCUUUUCAAUGGACCUUACUGAUGAGAAUGAGGAAGAUUUGGAGGAUCUACUGAUGUUAGAAACAGAACCCUUAAGUGAUCAGGAUGAAGGUGACAGUGGGCAUCAGAAAUCAAUAUACCUCAGCCCACAGGAAUCACCAACAAACUCUUCCAACCUGAAGUAUAUGAAAUCUCUGAAGAUAGACCUUGAUGAUAGUCUUUAUCAGACCCCGAGUGAACACUUUGGUUCCAAAGACACCAUGGAUGAUUGUCUUGAGAACAAUGAUCCUCCUGUAACGGAUAUUGAUGAUUUACUUGGAUCUGAUGAUGGCUACAUGGAGACAGAAGAAUGUGACAUGACAGUCAAACCAGAGGUGUCUCCAAGGAGUGAGACAUUACCUGUUAAAGUGACUAUUUCACCAGAGAGGAAGUCUACUAGAGGUUUCCUAUUCAAUGAGGCUGCGGGAAUCGUGAAGUCAUCACCUGUCAUUUCAUCAUCAAAACAGAAAGCUGAAAUGAUUAUUUCCAAAACAACUGCUCAAGAAGUGUCCAGCUCCCCACCUCUGAGCUCUUCCUCCCCAAGAUCAUCACCAACAGACUCACUGUCCUCCCAAUCGUCACAAGAGGGCAGCAGAUCUGAUUCUUCAAAAUCUGACGAUGUAGUGAAGAGGGACAAAAAGAUUUUGAGUAGUGUGUCCAGAAGGUUUAGGUCUUCCAGGGUUGACAAAGAUGUUUUCAAACAGAGAAGGAAUAUGUUUGAGGCAGCGAGUAAAGAUGCUACUCCUCUGAGUUCUGUAGCACCAAAGCCAAAGCCACUCGCUAAACCUCAAACAUUUUCUAAAGUUGGUGCAACACCUUCUAGUAUUAAUAAGGGCAAUACUUCUUUAGGCCAAACAAAAAGCAAUAAGUCUUUGGCUGCCAAUAUCGCAAUAGCCACACCUGCACCAAUCAAACCAGGCGAUACAAAAUCUUCCAAACAGACGACUAUGCAAACUAAAGAUGAAUCCCCCAAACUACAGAGCCCCCAAGCUAGACAGGAUCAAGAGGUCUUUGGAGCUGACAUCCGUGCCAUGUCAAGUGUUGCCUCAAGUAUGGAACACUUAAAUGAAACCAAGUCAAUAACUGAUCAAUCCUCAAAUCCCCUUGCUUCGGCAGUAGAUGACAUUUUUGCUUCGGCAAUGGAUGAUGUUCUUCAGGACACUUCCUCUGAUGCAUUAUUCAUGAGUUCUGGAGCUAGUCAUGCUGAUUUUACCCUAGAUUCAAGAGGUGAUUUGUCAGUUAUGAGGCCACCUACAUGUUUCAGAGAUGAUUCCUCUAUAGAGCCAUCACAAUCUCAUCUUGAAGACUUCGACUCUGAUGAUGAGGAUGAGGUUCAUGAGGACAUUAAAGCAACGAGUGGACUUGAGGAAGAAUUAUCUGGUAGCAGCGGGGACAUGAGCAAGAGGGAUACUUCUGAUUGUCAACCUAAUUGGGAUCACCGCAAAGGAACUGUCAUCAAGGUAAAGUCUCCUGUUGUUGCCAGGAGUAAGACUAGCUCACCUAAAAGUGGGCCAAAGAAACUGAUCAAAGCUGAUGCCCUCCAUUUCAGUUCAGAUUCUAGUGAUGAUGAGGAGGAGGAGGUGGUGGAUGUGAAUCCAGAAAUCAAGUGGCAUGUCUUACCGUCAUCUUCAGAGAAGGACAAUCCAAGUAAUCCGUUGACAGAUGAGAGCUCUAAGGAUUUCAGAGGCACUGAGGAUCAGACAGAAUCCGUAACAAGUGAUGAGACACCAAUGUCACCCAGGAUGCCUCCUGAUGGUGAUGAGUUCCCAGAGCAAAUAAAAGUGUGCCCAAGUUCAUCACCUAAAAUCAGUUCUAGCCCUGCACCUAUAGAAAGAAACGAUCAACAUGAUAUGCUUAUUGAGAGCAAAGAAAUUUCUUCUGAUUCCUUGCCAGGAAAGGGUUCAAGUACUAUUUCUGACAUGGUUAGUGUAAAGCCAUCACUUCCAAAGAAACCCAGCUUGUCAAAACUGAACAUUUCUUUGAAGACACCUGCAGUGUCCACAACACCCACUGCUAAGAUGUCUCUUGCCUCUUUAUCCUCACAGUCCCAGGGUAAGACACAAACAUCUCCUUUCAAGGAUAUCAAAUUGAAGAGUCCACCCAAGUUUGGAAGUGACGAUGUCUUCACAUCUCCUCGCACAAGCCCCAAGCUUGGGAGCCUCAAUAGAUGGGGCUCGAGGGAUAGGUCUGAUGGAGAUGAUGACAUUGUUGCCAAGAGAGGUGCAUUGUUUGGUGAAGUCAUCAAGAGGAGAACCUCAUCUUCAUCGUCAUGCUCGACAUCGCCUCCACCAACACCUGUAAGAACUCAUUCACCAACUCGUUCUCCACGCAAAAUUUCUGAACUUUCUCCACCUCUUAGUUCUAGUAAGGUCAGUGCAAUCUUAAAUGACAGUGGAAAGAUAACUGAAAGAGAACCCAAGAAUCUUUCAUCUUCAAGCUCACAUGUUGAUGUCAGGACAAAGGAAAGGCCAAAAUAUGCCAAUACAGAUUCAUUUAAUGAUUGCUCAGAUAAUGACCAAGAAAACAGUGAGAGCUCAAUUCAAGAGACACCAACCAAGAGUCUUUUGUCCGAAUCAAAGGAAAGUGAGGCGGAUGUUAGGGUGUUGAAAGAAGAAUGUACGCAAUCAUCACCAAUUGUGGACAGUACUGUUGGGAAAGUGAGGGGUUCCAUGUCACCUAAGAAAGAAUUAUCUCCUUUGGUAAAGGCUGAUGGGGCAUUGUCAUCGAGAAGUGCGGCACCGCCACUAAAGCCAAGCCCAUCUUCAGCAAAGCCAUCCAUUUUAGAUUCUUUGAAUUCUGUGACAUCAUCGAAUCAGAAAUUCAAGGGACUCUCUGUUCCAAAGAAACUUUCUGUGAAUACAUCCUCUGUUGGGUCAUCAUCAACUUCUGGUCCUUCAAAAAUUGGAGUUCCUCUGUUGUCCAGUUCCAUAAAAGCAAAACCUUUGAUGCUGACCACAAAAUCAGCCGCAGGAAACGCAAGUGUAUCGGGGAAUGUUUUUAAAUCAAAACUGACUGCAAAGAAAUUCACUUGGGAAAGUGAGAAGGAUCAGGGAACUACUACUGGUGAAACUAGGAAUUUAGGGUCAUUCUCAACAAAUUUGAACAAAUUGGGUAGCGAUGAAAAGUCAGUGAAAAAUACUUUACCGAAGGCAACUCAGUUGAAUUCUUCUGGACGAACAGGUGGGCCAACAUCCCUAUCUAGACUUAGACAAGAUAUCAGGUCAGCAGCCACCAAAAAGGAACUUAAUGAAGCAAAAGAUGGAUCUUCUUUGACUAGUUCAGACAUCAACAGCAAUGUGAAGGAGGAAGAUUGCAAGCCGAAGGUGCCUUCCAAACCAGUUGUAGCUCGCAGGAAUGUGGCUGACGCACUCACCACAAAGAGUUCUAGGAGGGUGUCCUUUGAAGGUGAUGAUGGAAUCCAGCUUGAUUCCACCACAGAUAUUCAUUCCAAAACUCCCACUAGUAAAACCUCUUCUAAGGAUGAUACAGUGGGGGAAAGCGAAAGAACAGAAUCAGUCGAUUUACCCCCACCACUGCCAACAUCCAGUCCCCCUAAAUCUGAACGUACAUCUGAGAAUUCCAAACCAGAGAUAAAACCCCUCACAAUCUCAACACCUAGGUCGGAAACCAAAAGUGUCAAAGUCACCCCCUCGAUUCCCACCUCCCCAAAACCACCUCUACCCAGUUCCAAACCUCUCGCCGCUUCCAGAUCUCCUCGGGCAGGCAUCAGCAAGAAGGUGACUCCGAUCAUUGUGAGUGAUGCGGACGAUGAUGCUGAUGAUGAUGACGAUGAGGAGGAAGAGACUUUGGACAUGGCUGAUGAGGAUAAGCAGAGGGGUCCUCCUGCACUCCCCAAACUGCCACCACCAUCUCCUACCAGAGUGAAGAGCCCUGUGUAUGAUGUGUCAGCUGAUCUUCUGAGCAGCCUGGAUCCAGAAGAAGGAGUCCUAGAAAUUAGGGUAAGUUAUUAAUAAUUAUUGUUCAUUCUUUAACCUUUAAAUCCUGUCAUACAAAAGACUGCAAAUCCAGCUCAGAAUAUAAUUCAGAUUAGACAUAAUCAGGAUCCACAUUUUGAAGAGUGAAUCAUUAUUUUGAGAAUAUUGUCAAAGAAUGGUUUCUGAGUACAAUAUUCAAGGUUGCGAUUCUGUUUGAAAUGCGUGAAGUGGUCUCUUGGCUUGCACUUUAGUCAAAAGAUUCCUUGUUGCUUCUUGACUUGAAUAUUAUAUUACUAAGUCCAUCCAUCUGCUUUAUAUUCCUAUGGAAAUAAGACAAUUAAGAAGGGAGAGACAUAGAAAGAAAGAGAGACAGAGGCAGAGAUCCAGAGAUGAAGACAGAGAAAUACAUGAGAGAGUAGAAAAAAAAAGAAAUAUAGAAAGGGAAAGAAAGUGGAAAGAAAUCAUAUGACCCGGGGGGGGGGGGGGGGGGGGGGCUAGUCGAAUUAUAACAUGAUACCUAUGUGCCACACCAAAGUCGAAAAAAGGGGGCUCUGGAACUAAAUAUUGGUCUUUAAAAUGACGGUCUCUGGAACGGCCCUUGAAUCAACAAUUGCUAAAAAUGUAUUGCUCUGGAAGUGACCACAUCAAAAAUAGGCCGGGGUCUCCAGAACUUGUAUGACUCUUCGUCGAUUGAGCUCGCCGUCCCGACCGGCUGAGUAGUUUAUGAUGGGCGCGCAAUGGAACGAGAAACCACAAAUUUGAGGGUCUCUGGAAUGGGGAAAAAUAGGAAUUUCUAUGGCUUUCUGAAUUGGUGAUACUCUGGAACGGAAAUUUACGUUGAAAAUAGGGGUCUCGACCGCGGCACAUACUGUACGUAUCAUACAUUUAUGCUAAGUACCCCCCCCCGGGCAUAUGACCCCUUCCCUGUCGCCUUAGUGUUGGAGUGAUCUAUAUCACUGACUUGUCACAGUGCAUUCUUUUCAUUCUAUUCUUUAUUAAGCUUGAUAUAAUUGGGGAAUAGAUUAUGAAAGGAAUAUAUUCUAUUCAUGAGUGUGUUAAUGACUUGUAAAGAGUGAGUAAGAUUAAACUAGCAAAACAUUGAUCUCAAAAUUUUGUGAAAAAUCACAAAUUUAUGUUAUUUUUUUUUUUACUUUGGCCAGUGGGAGGGGGGCACUCAGUGUAUCAUGUGCAGUGAGUGUGUGACGCAGAGAAGACAUGCAUUUUUACAAUUGAAUAAACUUCUGCUCCAAAGCGUCAUAUUUCUCUCGAGCAAAAUUACAUUUUCAUCGCUUUGGCCUUUUCACUCAGUUCCAAAGAGCGACGAGCCGAGAAUGCAUCGGCUCUCUCUUCUGCUCUGAUCUCAAAAGAAAAAGCAAUUUCAGAUGAGACUGUUUUGAGUCGUAAUAGUGUGCUAGAUGAACCUAGUUAUCUUUUAAUAAUGAUAUGGGGAGACUUAAUUUGAUGAGCUGGAAAAAACAUAAUGAAAAUCCAUUAUAACCUUGGCCUCCUACUACAUGUAAUUACAGAGCCAUGCCAGCCUCUACAAAGCUUGAUAUAUCUUCCUUUUUUGUGAUCAGAAUUUUUCAGGGAGAAAUAUAUACGACAUUUGGGCUAAGGGGGACAGGCCCUCUAAUAUAAGAAAUAUCUGUUACUU